AGCCACCGGCAGCGGCGGAAGCUGGUUUAGUAUGUUGCUGCUGCUGCCGCCGAGGAAGCUCCCUGGACUGGCUGACGGGGAGGCUGGGACAUGAGCGAGGAACGGGAGGUUCGCCAAUUAAAGAAGGCCAAGGCCAAGGCCCAGAAGAAUGGACAGCUCAAGGAGGAGGCUGUGCUCUGCAAUCAGCUGGGGGAGAUUUUGGCUAGCCAUGGCAGCUACAGGGAAGCAUUGGCUGAACACCAACAGGAGCUUCAUCUUCUGGAAAUCACUGGGGAUGUGCUGGGAUGUGCUGUGGCCCACCGAAAAAUUGGUGAGCGGCUGGCAGAGCUGGAGGAUUACACAGCUGCCCUGAAGCACCAGCGUCGUCAUCUCGAGCUAGCAGAGUGCUUGUCCAGCUACGUUGAGCAGCAGAGGGCCUGGGCAACCAUUGGCAGAACUUAUCUAGCCAGCUAUGACCACAGCCAGUCUGUUGAUGCACUCCUGCAGGCCCAGACUGCCUUUGAGAAGAGCUUGGCAAUAGUGGAUGAGAAGUUAGAGAGAGUCCUGACCCAGCAGGAAUUGAGUGAGAUGAGGACUCGUCUCUACCUCAACUUGGGCCUUACCUUUGAUAGUCUGAAGCAGCCAGCCCUAUGUAGUGAUUAUAUCAAGAAGAGCAUCUUUCUUUCUGAGCAAAAUCACCUAUAUGAGGACCUUUUUCGUGCUCGGUACAAUCUGGGCACUAUUCACUGGCGGGGUGGGCAGCACUCAAAGGCCAUGCGUUGCCUGGAGGGAGCACGGGAAUGUGCCCGAGUCAUGAAGAGGAAGUUCAUGGAAAGCGAGUGUUGUGUUGUUGUUGCCCAGAUCCUCCAGGACUUGGGGGAUUUUGUGGCCGCCAAGAGGGCCCUAAAGAAGGCCUAUAGGCUAGGGUCCCAGCAACCCGGGCAGCGGCAUACGGUCUGCAGAAGCCUCAAGUACGUGCUAAAAGUGGUGAGUCUGCAGCAAAAGCUGGAGGAGGCUGAGCGCAGUGACCUGCAUGAAGCCCUGGGCAUCUGUGAGCAGCUUGGAGACCUGUUCUCCAAAUCUGGAGACUUCCCUAAGGCAGCUGAGGCCUACCAGAAACAGUUGCAGUUUGCCAAAUCUUUGAAGAUACCAAAGCAGGACUUGGCUGUCAUUCAUGUUUCACUGGCUGCCACCUUUGGGGACCUGAAGAACUACAGUCAGGCUGUGGAGCACUAUGAGGAGGAGCUGAGGUUACGGAAAGGCAACCCUCUAGAGGAGGCAAAGACCUGGUUGAACAUUGCCCUAUCCAAGGAAGAGGCUGGUGAGCCCUAUGAGGAGCUGGAACCAUGUUUCCAGAGUGCCCUCCACUGUUCACAGGAGGCCAAGAAGCCUUGGCUACAGCGGCAGGUCCUGCAGCACCUCCAUGCUGUACAGCUGAAACACCAGCCCCUGGAAGCCCCCAACACCAGUUUCAAGCUGCAGGAGCUGAGCUGUACAGAAGGCUGGAGCCCAUCCAAGGCUAUUGCUGAGGAAGAGGAGGAAGAGGAGGUAGAGAACAGUGAGGCCUUGGAGGAUAGUGAGGUGGAACUCUCAGAAAGUGAGAAUGAAGAUGGUGGCAAUCUACAGUUGGGAGAGGAAGAAAGGGAGAGCUACGAACAGACUGGCCCUGGUCGUCGAAAAGUAAAUAAGUGGAAUCGACGAAACGAUAUGGGGGAGACAAUGUUGCAUCGAGCUUGUAUUGAUGGGCAGCAGCGCCGAGUUCGUGACCUUGUGGAACAGGUAUUACAUGAAGCCUGCAACCAUGGCCACUUAGAGAUUGUUCGAUUCCUGCUGGACCAUGGUGCUGCAGUGGAUGAUCCUGGGGGCCCAGGCUGUGAGGGUAUCACUCCUCUUCAUGAUGCCCUCAACUGUGGCCAUUUUGAGGUGGCUGAGCUGCUAAUAGAGAGGGGAGCAUCAGUCACUGCAAAAAACAGCAAGGGUCACAGCCCCCGAGAGACCCUCCGGCAGUGGUUGAAACUCUAUGGCAGGGACUUGGAUCAGGAAACACGUCAGAAAGCCCAAGCUAUGGAAAAACUGCUGCAGCAAACAGCUGUAGAAAAACUGCAUGGGAGAGCUUCAGUGGGCCAAGCAUCCCAAGGCUGUCCUACUCCCCAAACCAUCCAGACCAAUCCUCUGUUUGACCCUGAGACUUCCCCCUCUUCCAGCCCCCUCGGGUCUUCCCAUUUCCUGGCCAUAUCAGAGGCCCAGCAUCCCCUUCUUCAGAACAGGUCCCUUAACAAGCCCUUAACCUCCCCAGAACAAGGACUGGGUAUCACCAGGCCACAGAGUUAUGUUGGAGAUGAGGCCAGUAACUCUGAAGGGGAUGAUGAUUUGGUCCCAUUCCAGCCAGUUAAGAAGAGGCCAAGACUCCUCAACUUGGGGCAGCGGGGAGAAGGAGCAACACUGUGCUCCCCUGAGAGGACAGACUCAGAUGUGGCAUCUGCCAGCCGGGCUGUGUAUCAUGCAGCUAUCCGUGGUGUGGGCAGUGCCCAGGCCCGGCGUCCAUUCAAGACCAUAGCAAAAGGGCCAAGUGAGACACCUGUGGCCCAGGCAGCCCUCAUUCCUGAGGAAGAGUAUUUGGGUGGAGACUGGCUGGAGGAUGAUAUAGAGUCCCACUGUGUCCGUCGCAAGAGGAGCCACUGUCUCCCAGACCACGAAUCAGAUUGCACAUCUGGCCCAGAUAGUGGUGGUGGAACUAUCUGCCCAAGUUCUAAGCCACGUUCCCGACAGAGCCGACUCACUCGCAUUGUGGACAGGAGAGUGCUGGGCAGAACCAGUGGGAGCAGUAACUUGACAGAAGAAAACCCCUGUGUCUCCAGGGUUUCAGGUGCCAGUGAAGAGAGCCCCUCAGCGGGAUACCUGCCAUGUUCAGCUGCGCCCCUACCCAUCCGGGUCCGGGUUCGGGUACAGGAUAAUGUCUUCCUUAUUCCAGUUCCCCAGAGUGAAAGGCACCCUGUGUCAUGGCUGGCAGACCAGGCAUCUCAGAGAUACUACCAGACAUGUGGGCUGCUAACCUGGCUUACCUUGAAAAAAGAAGGGGCCCUGCUGGCCCCUGAAGACCUGAUCACUGAUGUCCUGCAGAGCAAUGAGGAGGUGCUGGCUGAAGUGAUCUCCUGUGACCUAACACCCUUGACUGACCGAUACCGAAAGGUUUGUCAAAGCCUGAGGGAAGCUGAGAACCAACUAGUUCUCCAGGCUCUGGAACAGCAGGGCUCAGGCUCCUCAUUCAGUGCCUGCUCCCUUGCCCUGCGUCCAGCCCAACUCAAGCCGUUGCUUCGUGCCCUAAAGCUGCACACAUCACUCCGGGAGCUACACCUGGUAGGGAAUCGGUUUGGGGACAAUACAGCUGUGGAGUUGCUAGCCACUAUUAGCACCAUGCCUGGCUUGACCAUCCUUGAUCUCUCAUCUAACCACCUGGGUACUGAUGGCCUACGCCACCUUGCUACUGGCCUCCCAAACCACAACACCUUCCAGAAUCUAGAAGAACUAAAUUUAAGCAUGAAUCCUUUGGGAGAUGGCUGUGCCCAGGCCCUGGCUUCCCUCCUACAGGCCUGCCCUGCUCUCAGCACUCUGCGCCUGCAGGCUUGUGGUUUCAGCUCGAACUUCCUGCGGAACCAUCAGCACACCAUGGACAGCGCCAUGCAGGGUGCCCGGCACCUGAAGAUAUUCUCUCUGUCCUAUAACACACUGGGUGUCCCAGCCCUUGCUCGGGUUCUUCAGUGUGUGCCUUAUCGUAUCCUAGCUCAGCUGGAGCUUGGCUCGGUGGUGGCCACCAGGAACAGCUCAGGAUUCAUGGAGCCUAUGAUCAAAUAUCUGACACAGGAAGGCUGUGUUCUGACACAUCUGACCCUGUCUGGCAACUACCUGAGUGAUGAAGCUGUAAGAGAUCUGAGCAGAUGUCUUCCUAUCUGUCCCUCAUUAAUCUCACUGGAUUUGACUGCCAACCCUAACAUUAGCUGUGCCAGCCUGGAAGAGAUCUUGUCAACUCUUCAGGAAAGAAAUUCUGGCCUUGACUUCCUUGGUCUUUCAGGAUGCUCCAUCGAAGGACCCUUGGGCAGGUGCACAUGGGAGAAAAUCACCUCACAGCUUCGAGAAUUACAGCUGUGCUGCAGCAAACUGAGACCUACUGACCAUCAAGCCUUAGGCCAGCAGUUGGCCUGCAAGAAGGGUCCUGCCUCCUUCAUACUGAGCCACCACCACAAACUUUUCUUUGGAUGCCACUGAGCAGCAGCAACCCUUCAUUUCUCCUUCCUCUACUUCCAUUUAUGGACCUUACAAACUCCAAUAAGCUUACCCAUGGAUUGAGACUUUUAAAAUCCUCAAUAAAUCACUGCUACUUGUUUUAUUUAUA